CCCGCGGCCACUCCUCACGUGACCAGCUGCAAUCGGGGACGCUGGAACCGCCCGCCGGACCGACGAAUCCCCUGCUGCGGGCCAGGGGAGGUCCCUGAGCGGCUCCACGCCAAGGAGAGCAAGGAAUCUUCACAUUUCCAUCCCAGCUAUUUGUAUCCUGGUGCUGACAAUGCUCCCGAAACCUGGGAUCUAUUACUUCCCCUGGGAAAUCAGUGACGGCCAAGUCCCUGAAGGAAGCACACUGCGAACAUUUGGCAGGUUGUAUCUCUAUGACAUGACACGCUCCCUCGUGACCCUGGUAGCUCCGCAGAAACCUGAUCAGUGUCAGCUGCUUGUCUGCACCAACUUGGUGGAGCCUUUUGAGGCGCAUGUGAACUUCCUGUACAUGGUUCUUGGGGAGCUGGAGCGUGCAGAGGGUGGCUCUUUAAUGGUGAGGGCCCGACUGCUCACCUGUGUGGAGGGGAUGGAUCUGUCCUUGUUAGAAAAAGCCAUCUUGGAUCAGAGGCUCCACCUGAAGAAGAGGCAGGAGCCAAUAGAAGAUGCUAACACCCUGCAAGCCUCUCCACCUGCUCCUCAACCUCUUCCCAGUGACAGCCCUAGUCUGGAACCAGAGAUCAAGGAGGAGGUGCCCCCUCCCCAAACUCUGGACUGACCAGAAAGCUCACCCAAGCUGGCCAUAGUGGCCCAUACUGCAAUCCCAGUGCUGAGGAGGGAGAGGCAGGAAGAGGCGGAGUUUAAAGCCAGUCUGAGCUACAUGACCCCCCCCCCCAAAUGAAUAUGAUACCCCACCCCAGGGCCCUGGAGCUGUGGCUUGUGAGGGACAUGAAGGGUUCCUGAAUGCCUCCUGAAUAAAGAGUAUGAGCGUGCA